AUGUCAAAUCUGCAGUCGCAUCAACGUCAGCACAUGAAGGGAAAACCUCAUCGUUGUGAGAACUGCUUCAUGUCGUAUGAUACCAAGGAGGAAUUGGACGUCCAUGUUCAAGCAAAGCAUUCGGGUAACAGAUACGCCAAGGUGCUUGUCUGUCCGGCGUGUUCAAAAAGCUAUAACUCGGAGACGUACCUGGCUAAACACAUGGAGCGUCAUAAGGAGGCUGUCACAAAUGCUAAUGUCAGUCGAUUUGGCGCGUUGAAUACCUCGGCCGGUGCCCUGGGAGCCCUCAGUGGGUUCAUGACGAGUCAUCACACUGGAAUGAGCGGUAGAUCCAUGGCUCCAGUGACAGAACAGAGUCUUCACGAGGAGCUUCAACAAAGAAUCGGGCAUCCACAGGAUCUACAGAAUCUUCAAAGAGCAGCAGUGGCUGCAGCUGCCUCUAUUAUGUCUCCGAUGGGACCUGGAAGUGUUAGCGGCCUGACAGGUCAUGAUACAAGCCAUCUACUCCACCACCUUCCAACCGGCCUGCAAGGACAACUCGCAGUAGCCCAGAAAGGUCACCAACAGACUCUUCAUGGUAAUGGAACUCAUCCAGGAGGUCAUUCUACCCCGUCUGGCUUCCCUGACACCUACCAACAACAUCAGAUGCUUGCCGCGACCUCGCCCUACUCCAAUCAAAUGCCAUCGUUUCUUGGACGUACCUCUACGGAUCGUCAAAUGCCAAGGUUUCCUCCGACACCAUUAGAUGCUGGACGAAAGAUGAUGGACUUUCAGGCACCUCCACCACCGCCUCCGCCAAUGGCACAUCAACAGAUAGCUCUAGAGCAUACAGUUCCACCUCAACCGCCUUCAAUGCAACCACCACCCCCACCACAGUUUCAGCCACCUCCUCCGUUACCGCAGCAACAGCAGCAGCAGAUGAGACCUUUCGGGCAUUCACCACAGGCCAUUGGAAGUGGUAAAAGUCGGGAUGGAGGGAAGGCAAUAGGUGAGGAUGGGAAGGAUGUUAAUUCCAAUGCUUGGGAACAGGGUCCAGUAACUCCUAUUCCUAUGGAUGGUCAGGAAGAUGGUGCGGGGGGAGUCAGCAUAACCGGUGAUGAACCGGGCGCUCCUAAUCUCUGGACGCCACACUCAGCCGCAAAACGACUCAAGCCCGACCCGGAUGAACGCGUGGGAGGGUACAAUCACCAUCAUCAGCAUCAUCACCACCAUCCACAACAGCCCUUCGAGACGGAGUAUCUCAGAAGAUCAGCCACGGCAGAGGCACAGUAUCAACAGCAUAUGGUUCCACCGCAGAUGCCACCGACAGAGAAUUCGAUGGAACAUGUGGUUGAUAAAUUAGCUAAGUUUUGGCAGAGGAACUCUGUCAGUCAGGGAAUUGAUGGAAAACCUGGAAGAGAUAUCCGGAUAGAGGCGCUGUUGAGUGGAUUUCCACCGAAUCCAGUGCGGGAGAGACAGGAGGAGGGGACGAACGAAGAGGUGGUGGAACGCCUGCGUCAUAUAUCGCAGUCUUCAUCCACGACAAACAGAGAAAGAGACUUCCGAGCGGAUACUCAAUCACCGCGAGCUUCACAGGCAGUGCAGGAGGACAGCGAGAGCGCUUAUCGUCGUAGAUCAGCCAACGGAGGUGGUGAAGACCGUGAAGAUGAUAUCUCUAGAAAUGGGACGACUCCACCGAACUAUCGUGUAACCUACGCUAACGCUGGGAAUCCGACAGCAAAUGAUGGCGGAGGUAACGCAGAAAACAACUAUUCAGCAGCAGCUAAUGCAUUCUAUGGAGCUGAUGCAGCGGUUAGAGACUUAUCAGUGAUGCGAGAUGAUGAAAGAACACAGCAGCCGACUUCUGCUGCAAAUGAAAUUGGAUUCGCCGUCCACUUUUCCUCGCAGUCCCAGUAG